UUAGUGACGAUCCCGACGGUCACACAUGAGCUGACACCCGACAUGCGACGUCGGGCGUGGGGGUAAAUUAGCAUUUAUUCUCUCCGAAAUGCUCGUCAGCAUGUUGUACAUUGAACAACGCCGAGCUUCGGAUUAUACUCUUCGGUAUACCUUUGUGGAUAGCUGUUUGCAAGAGAAAGAUUUGGUUACCUUUGAAACUCAUACUCGAGGGGUCCAGUGCCAUGCUUGAACCAACGCAGGCACAUGUAAGGCGGACGCGAAAUGGGAAUCAGACUUGGAAAUAAUAAUCAGCACCCAACGAUCAGCAUGCCACAAAAUGCCGCGCCUCGCAGGCAUCGGCGGUCAGGAUGACGAGCUCGUGCAUUCCUCUUUUUCCCUUUUGAAUUUUGCUGUCCCACAUGGCUGGAACUAUGCUUUUCACAUUGGCGCGCAAACUAGAGAAUAUUGUUUUAGCCUCGUUUGGCGAAAACAAUUGCCCCCUCCACCCCCUCGCACAAGACGGAAUUUAUCCCUACCACGAUAGAAUCUCCUCCAUUACUCUCGAAAGAUCCUCAUGUACUAACUGGACCUUUGCCCUAUCGGCAACUCUAGAGGUGUCUGCGCCAUGGUACAUGCUGCUGGCCUUAAUCAUGAAGCUGAGGCAUUCGGCAUCUCCGAGCCUGGAUAUGCCACUAAAGGCCUUGUUGAGCCCAAGUAUAUGGGCACUAUAGCAGACCAAAAAGAUAUGAAUGUUUUGGGCCGAGUUCAAGUUCUGCGGAGGAAUUUCCGAUUUGUUUCAAUUGUUGGGUUCGGUUGCACAUUGAUAUCCACGUGGGAAGUCAUACUAACGUUGUUGAGUACUGGCUUAACCGACGGUGGAACUGCUGGCUUGAUAUGGGGUUUUAUUAUUGUUUCAUUAGGGUUCGCCCUUGUAUUUGCCAGCAUAGCUGAGAUGGCGUCAAUGGCUCCGACAUCCGGGGGCCAGUAUCAUUGGGUAUCCGAGUUCGCGCCUCGCAGAUACCAGAAGUUCCUGAGCUAUAUCACUGGCUGGCUCUGCGCCAUGGGAUGGCAGUGCGCUAUUGUAUCCAUUGCAUUUCUUGCUGGCACUAUCAUACAAGGCUUGAUUGUACUCAACGAUUCGACGUAUGAUUUCCAACGUUGGCACGGCACUCUAUUUGUGAUAGCUAUUACAACAUUUUCUAUUCUUUUCAAUACCUUUUUAGCUAAGAACCUGCCCAUGGUAGAAGGGUUAAUUUUGAUCCUUCAUGUCGUCGGGCUGUUUGCGAUUAUCAUCCCUUUGUGGGUGCUUGCUCCCCGGAACAACGCUAGAGCUGUUUUUACUGAAUUCAACAACGGAGGAGGAUGGAACAGCCCCGGUACUGCGAUGCUGGUCGGCCUGUCGACUACCAUUACUUCUAUGAUCGGAUAUGAUUGCUCUGUGCAUAUGUCCGAAGAAAUUAAGGACGCGUCAAACACAUUACCCAAAGCAAUGAUGGCUUCUGUUGGUGUCAACGGUGUUUUGGGCCUCAUCAUGAUUAUUACGCUUUGUUUUACUAUGGGCGACGUUAACAGCAUCCUCGCCAGCCCAACUGGUUUUCCGUUCAUACAGAUAUUUUACAACACCACCAACAGUUUCACAGCAGCAAACACUAUGACCGCCAUCUUGAUAGUGACGUUGACGGCCAGCACUAUCACAGAGGUCGCAACAGCGUCCCGACAGCUGUGGUCCUUUGCAAGAGAUGGAGGGCUCCCCUUCUCAACCUUCUUCUCCUAUGUCACACCGGGAUGGCACAUCCCACUAAACUCAGUGAUGGUCUCUCUUGCAGUGACUAUUCUCCUCUCUUUGAUCAACAUCGGCUCUACUGUCGCUCUUCAGGCCAUAGUGUCUCUUACAAUAACCUCUUUAAUGUCUGCCUAUAUUCUUUCUAUUGGCUGCGUCGUUCUUAAACGAAUCCGAGGCGAGCCGCUUCCGCCCCGGAGAUGGUCUCUUGGCUCAUUCGGUAUGGCCAUCAAUAUUGCAUCUUUGCUGUUUCUAUUCCCGAUCUUCGUUUUUUCUUUUUUCCCCCUCACUGCAUCAGUUGACAGUAAGACGAUGAAUUGGAGUGUGGUUAUGUAUGUGGCAGUGCUCGGUUCUGCGUCGGUCUAUUAUUUGGUUCGAGGGAAGCAUCAGUUUAUUGCCCCAGUGGCGCUCGUCAAGAGGGGAGAAUGACGGGGAUA